UUUAUUUCCCGUCAUCUUUAUAAUUUACAUCGUAAACUGACGAGCACGCGAUUGGCCAAGCAAGGGAGCGGAAUAAUUAUGAUAUUUAAUUAUUCCUUUAGGGUAAUGCUUUAUUUCGAAAAUAUUCAGGAAUUCCACGAUUCUAUUAGUGAGCUUUGAGAUCUUCCAGCUGAUUUGUUUCGAAAUCUGAGACGAACGGGACAUUCGUUGAGCGAGUAAUCGGCGAGGCGUCGACGACUUUUCAAGAGAUAUGAUAUAGUUCGGCCAGUUCUUAAAUAUCAUCGCGAUUCAAACUGUGUGUUUAGUGAUGUGAGCAAGUUGUGUUGGUCUCCUAAAUCGCAGAUUUAUUGUGAGUAGAACGAUUUCAUUUAUUACUGGCUUAUUACCACACUAGAUCACUUUCGAAAUCGUUAAGUCCUAAACAUGGAUGCAGACAAGAUUUUAGCGGCAACUUAUUGCGGGAAAUUGCAAGAUCAAUAUGAGUUUCAAAACGCUUUUUAGAGCAUGAUUCAAUAAUUUGCAUUUAUGCCACGAUAUUGAUUCCUAGAGGACGUCUAUUGAUUUUGAUUUCCCCUAAAAAAUCAUUUUUGAAAUAAUGUGAGUAUGAAACGUUUAAUUAUGUUUUUUUUUUUGGUGUUGUGACAGAGGACCGCGAGGCCAAAAUGCUUAGCUAUAAGAGCGUGGAGCAACUGGAGGCUUUGAGCCGUAAGUAUCUUAAAAGCAAUGUUUGAAUUUUGAUUAUUGUUUAUAAUAUAACUCAGUACGUACGAGGAAAUAUAAUAUAAGUUAUAAAUAUUCAAUCGCAGUACAUAAUGUCUUCAAAUUUCUAAGUAUAUUUUUGAAAGUCCAAAGAUUUCUUGGAUUAUUUUUAGAAUUUUCUGGUCAGAAAAUGGAAAGAUUUCUUUGAUCAACAUAGCCAGGCGAAGUGACCUCAUUUUUAUGCAAGAAAGGCCGUAAAGAAAGCAUGUAGCUGUAUUUUGCUUCAAUCAUUUAGUGCAAAGGCCUCAAAAAAGUUAAAAGAGUUCUGAAAGAAAGUCAAACAACGAAAUAGCAUGUAUUGAAAAAUUCAAUAUUUUCCAAGUCAAGCCAUCUUGUGCUUCAGUUUUGGGUCUUCUCUUUGUUGCAAUUAUUCUUUGUAAGAAACCUUAAUUGAGCGUACUUAACAGUAUUGAUUAUGGAAUAUGUUAUUACAUUUCUUCUUAUAGCUUCAACUAGCCACACCAUCAAGGAUCACGAAACGGUAAUUAAUAAUGUAUUUAACAACUGUAAAAUCUAGACAAGUUCUAUGGCUGAUGACUCAAGGCUCGACUUUUUGAAAAUGGAACCCACUUCGUAAGAUGCGAAACUCACAACUAAACUACAAUGUGGGUUCUAUGUGGUUAUCAGAAUAAAUACUGAACGUUAUGUAAUAUAAAAGCCCUUUGUGUUAAAACAUAACAUUGUUCGAGUCAAAAUAAUGGCAAAGGUUUAUCUUUUAAGCGAGUUUUCAUGCAUGAUAUACUUUUCUCAAUGUCGUUCUUUCUUUUUUAAUUUAUUGAAAUCCAGGGCGAAGUGUUUAUAACAUAUUUAAGAUUCCUUAAUUGCUUUUCAUAAAUAAAUUCAUUCAGUUUGCUCAUGCUCACAUAAAGCAAUGUGCCCUAAACUGUUCGAAAAAGAUCAAACCUCAAUCCAGUUUCAAUUAAAUCUCUUUUUUUUUUUUCAUCAUCUAGAUAUAACUAACGGCAAAGUUGCAAUUUCAUAGAAACCGAAACUUUUGUCUCGUUGUUUUUUUUCUCUUUUUCUACAACCUGGAGUAAAAAUAGAUCCAGAGCUGCAAUUAAUUUUUGGGAAUUAAAAAGAUGAUCUGUGCUUUUAUGAUGAUGUUGGUGUACCUAUCACCCUUCAAAGACUGAAAAAAAAAGUGACUAAAUUUAUUGUGAACUUUAUAUUUGUAAACAAGCUUAAUGUAUCGUUGUUCUCGGAUACGCCUAAACACGCUCGAUCAAUUCAUUUCUAAGUGGACGUGAUAACUGUACAGUAAUGUAGAUGAAAUUUCCUUUUUCUCUUCUAAUUGUACUAGAUUUUAAAUUUAAUUUCUGCAUACAAUUUCUUGUAAACAAAUUCUGUAUUUAUUAUUUAUUUAUAUCUACCCCGACAAAAUUUAAUUUUAUAUUCCUUUUAAUAUUAAAAUAAUACCUUUGUUACAAAGGACUAGAUUUGCUCUAGCCGCCUAGAUUAGCACUGCUUAUCAAGCGACGGAGCAGUAUGCAAAUUUUCUUCUUUUGUAAUGUUGACGAUAAACUUGAUAAACUUGAAUAACCUUAAUGCUAAAAUAAAGGUUUCUCUGUCAUUAUAAUGGCGACACUUCUAACAGAAGUCAUCAUUGUCCCCAGAUCACACGUGAAUAGUGAAAAUUCCAUACAAAAUCUACGAUAUCUAUGGACAAGAACACAAAACUCUAAAUAACAAACGUUCUCAGUUUUCCAUUAGUUUACAAGCAGAUAUUUUCCUUAAUUCCUCUGCAGUGAAACCAGUUGAAGUCAGGGUCACGUGAUCUACGAUCAUCAAGAGACGUACAGUUGAAUCCAACAUUCGGCAGAUGUUGGGAUAUGUUAAAAUGUCGAGGUUAAAGCCGACUAUCUUUGCUCUGAAUACGAAAAUUUUCUUUACAUACAGCAGAGAAAAAAUCAUUUUCACAGUAACAUACAUCAAGAUCAACGCUGACAAUAGCCAAGAGAAGGCGCCUUAUUUAUUUGAUAACUAGACUAUCAGUCUAGUAACACAGACGUGACCAAAAGUAACUACAUGUGCGACAUACAUAGACAAGAACGCUGGACUUAAAUAUUACACUCAGUAUCUAUCCGUCUAUCAGUCUAUCUAUUGGUCACGCAGCCCCUUUGCAUGGACUAAUAAUGGAAAGGCCCCAAUACUGUUUAUUUCAUCCAGUGUCUUCUUGAGUUUGGUCAACACUGUAAAAUUUCUAGGCAUUGCAAAUUCAGAGGAACUGACUUGUGAUAAGUGUGUUGUCAAUAAAUAAUAAUAAUAACAAUAAUAGCGAAAAAGUAACUUAGAGACUGCGUCCAUGUUGAACAAAAGGCGUGAAUCUUUGAGACGCAUGAGACGCAGUGUUUCAUGUAAUAUAUCAAACAUGAGACGCAGUGUUUCAUCACCAGAUGAAACACCGAGAAGAGAGUUGAAAAUACAACGCGCAGCGGAGUAUUUUUUGACGACGUUCCAGGUGUUUUAUCUGGUGAUGAAACACUGUGUCGAUCGCUUGAUAUUACCUCUCAAACGAAAUGAUUUUUGAAGGAGAAAUUAAGGAUGCAAAAAUGAGCAGUUUUUCAUCUGAUUACCAAACACUCAUUAAACAUAUAUUUCCUUUGUAUUUUCUUUUUGAAUUAUUAUUAUUUAAUGAGUUUGAGAAUUCAAUUUGCAAAUCCAUGCUUUUUUUUCAAUUUUGCAAUCAUUUAUUUUCAGUUGAUUCAAGAAUUGAAGAAAGAAAACUUCGAUUUAAAGCUGAGACUUUACAUGGAACAAAAAGAAAAGGAGGUGAGUCACUGUGGAGUGGGAGUACUAAUUUGGUUGCCAUUUCGAGGUCGUGGAUAAGACUGGACCGGUGUCGUGUUGAAAAGCAUUAUGGGAUUUUUCACCGAGGCCCGACGAGAAAACAAUAGACCUUAUCAUUCCUUCCAAAUUUUCUUCCUUUUCAUCGGCCGAGAGCUCACCACGUGACCUGCAAAUAACUGCCAACAAGUAAUGGUCUGCUCAUGCGCAAUGUCGUCCAACUUUGUUUCGCUGCGAAUAAUAUUUUGCUACUGCGUAAAUGAAACCACGCUUUUCUUCUUUUUGCCGUCGCUCUUGCGUGAAAAUGGCAGAUCUAUUAGCUUCCCAAAGAUAUUCAAUAAAAAAACAAACUCGGUGAUCUAAUGAUAAAACAAUGAUUGAACUCGGUUGUCGCAAAAUAUCGUGAUUUGUCAGUAUCUCGUAAAUCAGUCAUUUGCCUCAGUCUUCGGCUUCGGCCAAUAACUGAUCUGCUCGCCACAAACAAAUCACGAUAUUUUGCUCAACCUCGUCCACUAAUUGUUAAUCAUUAACGAUACCCUCCAUCUUUGCUCGCCCUAGAGGACUGAAGGGAUAAAAGCAAUGUCACGUGGUUUCUCAGCGGCAAACAAGCGAUAAAAUCUGCAAGUGCGGGAAAUCGCGUUCGAGUUUGUUUCUUCUAGACAACAGAAAAUGAACAACUUUUCAUCUUUUCAUCUUCUCAUCACUUUUAAAGACGAUACUUUUAAAGAAGAUAGUGGCAAAUUAUGGGUGGAAGUGUUCGUUGUUACUUAUUUGGAUGCAGUUGCCAGUAGCGACCGUAGACCUCACAGCAAACGAACUCGAAGUGCCGUACAUUUUGCAUUACUAUUAAACCGUCACUUGUUAGAAUAAACAAACUCGACCGCGAUAACCUGUAUUUGCAAAUACUAGAGAAUUUAAGCUUCACUUAUACGGCUAAUGGCAAACGUUAGAUUCAGGUUGAGAGUUUCUCAAAAUAGAAAAUGAGCAGAUAGAAACAGCUCAAAACAAUUCUUAUGGAUAAAAAGUUGCAUGAAACUACUAAUUCAUGUGUAGAAAUAAUGGACAGUAAACGAAGGGAAACUUGGUUACGUGGCACAAAUUCGCCUUUGCCGUUUGACGUAAACGUGAUGCUUAACCUCUCUCGUUCAAUUUUCAUCUCGGCAUCGAUCCUAAAGCACGCGCAAAGAUGGUGAAGGCCUAUUACAAAAGCGAAGCAAAGGAACUUCAAAGCUAAGAUUGCUACUAUCAGUGUUGUAAGUGUAAGAUAUCACUAAUAUGCUGUUGAUUUACAAAAAGUUUACUGAAAAAGGUGUAAGUGUUUGUAAACUGAAACUGCUGUUAUGGUCGGCGCCAUUUUGCCAGCGUAAGAUUUUUUCUAAUAAUAAUAAUAAUAAUAAUAAUAAUAAUAACAAUAAUAAUAAUAAACAGAAACAAACGAACAUGAACAAGCAAAUGGCUGGAUACUUAAGAGGUUAUAAUUAAAUGUGACAAAGCAGAGCAAGUGAUUUUCCAGUGUACUACUUUAGAUCGUAGUUAUUGAAUUGUGACAAAAUGCUCUCAUGCAGUAUUUACCGAUAACUUGUUUAUUUUACUCUGACAUAAAUGCCGAAAUAUGGCAGCUGGAAUGCGUGGUACAAUAGGCCAUUUUACAGUAGUGUGCUCAGUGCCCUAGCCUUUAAAUUGAAGCGAGGCUGGCGGUGACCUUGUUUUGUAACAAACCUUCUUGUUUUUCAUAUGUAAAUGAUCAUGUUCACGGGCUUGUUAGCAUGAGAAUACCACGAUUUGCACAUCAAAAACAGGAAGGUUUGUAACAAAACAAGGUCAUUGCCAGCCUCACUUCUUUUCACAGGCCAGGGCACUGAGCACACAACUGUAAAAUGACCUAUUGUCGUAGGAAGUGAUUUAUAAAGUAAUCUAAUGGUAGUCGAAUGAAGUUUGCAAUCUAGGACCGACUAUUCUUUUUCUUUUUCUUUUUUUUGUCGCCAAAAGUUUUUGCACAUAUAGGCAUCCUGAACUUGCUCUUUACUGUGGCCAGUUGUAACAAUUGUCUCAAUUUACUUGAUACAGAGAGUAACAGAGGACUUCAAGCAGAAGAUAAUAAUUUUAGAAAGUGAUCUCACAGAGGCUCUAGAUGAACUCAGCGACGCCUUAGAAAGAGAGAAAGAUGCCGAGGCUUGCCUGGAGAGCUCAAUGCUCCGUGAAAAAGCGUUAAUGAACAAUGCGCGACGUGUUGAGGAAACUGUACGAGAACAAGAAAAUGAAAUCAAAUUCCUCACUUUGUCCAAACCGAGAGAGAAGGCGAGUGAGAGACCGCUGACAUCUGACGCCGAAACCAUGACCGAUUUUCCAUUUUACAUGGAGAGGGCGGUGGAUGUUGGCGAUUAUGGCGCGGAUAAUCAGCGACCGUACAGUGAUAUCGAUUUGAAAGACUCAGCAGGGAGCCCUUCCGCCCUACAAACAGAAAAUAGGCCUGAGGGAGUGGAUCUGUUGCAUAGUACAGGAACUCUUCUAAGGAAGAAGAAUGAGAUUAUUAGAGAAGCAAAGCGAAGACGCACAGCGCGAUCUAAAAAGGGACAACGUAGGGAUGUGAGCCGACGGUAUAACCUCGAUCCGGACUAUCCCGAUAAGACCCGAGAACGUGGCGAGAAGAAGUCGUUUUUCAGUAAAUUGUGUUGUUGUGUCAAACAGCAGGGUGCUGAAUACGAAGUAGAUGACGAACUGGGCAAAACGAGAGUACGCUAUCACAGAUAGUAAUGAAAUACCUUUGGUUGCUGGGGUAAGAAAUAAAUGUCUUACUAGAAAAGUUCCCAAGUAUUUUCAAGGAGGUUACGAACAGCAGUCGUCCAGGCGAAAAGGAAAAUUUGCUGUCGUUACCAACUUUUAUUUGAUCGACUUUCAUGAUGGAACUUGAAAUCUGUGUUGGUAAGAUUUCAUCCUUUACUUCUAUGAACAAACAAUGAACUUAUUUUUAGACGAAAUUAAAUGUAGUUUUUUUGAAGAAUAACGUUGAGAUAAUCUGCUUGUAGAGGGAUGAGUAUAUAAAUUCUAGAAAAGCUACAAUGGCACGAAGACUUUUUUAAAAGUAUUUCAGCAUUCUUUUUGACCAGAUAAAAUUCAUCCCAAGCAUUUUAUGAUUUUAUAGAUUCACUGAAGUUUUUUCUUCAUGUCAAAUGUAUUAACCAUCCAUACAACAGUAUCUGGUCAUUUGGUAUUGUUUUUGUAAUGGUAUAGACGAAUCUUUGUUUACACUUUUUGCCUCAUUGACAUAUGCUUCUCACUAUCUGAUGACGCUAAUAAAAUAAAAAGUCUGAAUGUUGAAAAGACAUAACAAUUUCAGUUAUCUCUGAAAAUUUGAGCCCAAUACACCGAACGGUUUCGGAGAAAUUCGCUUCUACAAACUCCAAAUUUUACAGAGAAUGUAUGGCUCAUUAGUUGAAUUUUUUGCCACCCAGCAAUUUCGCAGUUUUUGAUGGCCGAUAUUUCCUUCAAUAUUGCUUGCAAAGAGCUGAAAAUUGCGCAAAUUGCUCGACUUAAUCAGCUCUUUCAACUUUUGCAUUUAGUUUGUAUAUACGACCACGGCUCCUAUGAGUUAAGUAGUAUGCUAAUAAGGAAAAAUGUAAACAAUGACGUCAGCGAAGACUCGUCUAUAAGCUAAGAGUUUUACAAAGUAGCUACAAAGUUAUUUCCCACCGUAUUCUUAAGCCAUGCGUUUGCCUUAAUUGCACGGUUAUUAAAACGGCUUUUGCACUCACAUUGGGAUAGGACGCUUGGGUACUAGACCACAUUAUCCUUAUUGGGGAAUACAAAUUUAUGUUAGUGGAAUUUGUCCUAAAAAGGAUUUUGUACCCAGUUAUUUUGUAAGAAGCCUCAUGCAAAGGGUCACUUUCGUACCUCGUAUAUAAUCAGAUCAUAAACAAAGUAGAAUUUAUAAUCGUAAAAAAUAGCCAUGCAUUUUUUCCUUUUGUACGAUCCCAUUCAAUUCUACGAAACCAUACACAACCAAAAAAUAGCAUCAAGUCAAGUGGACCAGGAAACGCGUUUGAAAAGGCGAACCUAGUUUAGAAUCUAUCAUUUUCAUCCAAUUAAAAUACGCUGUUUAACACCGGCCAAAGAGCAUUUUUAACGCGGCCCGUAAAUUCAGGCCGAAGGACAGGUUUAACUUACAUUUACAGAGAAACAAAAGGAAGUUUUUGAGUGGAUGAAAGUGGCGCCAGAUUUUCCAGCCAGUCACAUAGCGUAGAAGUGUAAACCAAAGCAAUUAAGUCAUCUGAUAAUCAUUUUUCAAUCUUUCUCACAAAAGAGUGGAACCUGAGUACUUUUAAUACUCCAACAACCGCGGGUGCCUCGCUGGUAACCGCUUGAUAAAGGUUCGAAGUGAAGAAGUGAGGAGAAAUGUUGGAUCAAUUUAGCUUCCUGGGAAACUGCCCACCUACCCCUCCCCUAAUCCAACAUUUUGCACCAAGUGAGAAGUAAGUGUUAAUGUUAACUUAGGGAAGGGGUAGGUGGGCAGUUUCCCAGAAACCUUUAAAGUGACAGGUUCACGGUCCAGCGCAUGCUCAUCAAUUAAAUUACUUUUUUCCAAUUUAUUAUUAAUUCUAUCGUGUAAUAAUCCCACUCACAUGUAUCUCAGCGAUCUCAGAGUGUAUUCCAAAGUAGAAGUGUAUUUCAGAGUGACCUGAAGUAGCAUGGAGGUGUACUAAAAUCG